AUGAAUUUUUUUAGAGGAGUAAAAAAUAUUGGACUUCCAAUGGAAAGUAUAAUUGUAUUUUCAAAUGUAACUCUUGUCACAUUAUUUGGUUUAAAAAUUGGAUACAAUAAUAUUCAAAGAAUGAAUAAAGAAAAACACUUUGAAGAAUUAAAAGAAUCAAAUAUUGAAAUCAGUCCAUUAAGAGAAAGAGGACACGAGUUUGCCAGAGGUGAAAGAAAUACCAUUUUAUAG